AUGGCUUCAAUGGAGUCAUUGCUCUACAUUGCUAGCAUCCUCUGUUUUCUGACAGCUACUUACGCCAGAAUCCCCGGAAUUUACACUGGCGGCUCCUGGCAAGGUGCCCACGCCACAUUUUACGGCGGCAGCGACGCUUCCGGAACCAUGGGUGGUGCUUGUGGGUAUGGGAAUCUGUACAGCCAAGGGUACGGAGUGAACACUGCAGCACUAAGCACAGCGCUAUUCAACAAUGGUUUGAGCUGUGGAGCCUGCUUUGAGAUAAAAUGUGCUGCGGACCAGGAUCCCAAAUGGUGCAACGCCGGCAGCCCCUCAAUUUUGGUAACUGCUACAAACUUCUGCCCACCAAACUUUGCAUUGCCUAACGACAAUGGCGGAUGGUGCAACCCUCCUAGAACCCACUUCGACCUUGCCAUGCCAAUGUUCCUCAAGAUCGCUGAAUACCGUGCCGGCAUCGUCCCUGUUAAUUUCCGCAGGGUACCAUGUAGAAAGCAAGGAGGGAUCAGAUUCACAAUCAACGGUUUCCGUUACUUCAACUUGGUUUUGAUCACUAAUGUAGCGGGUGCAGGAGAUAUCGUGCGGCUUAGCAUCAAAGGGUCACGGCCAGUGACCGUCGUUCAUCAACCUCAUGGAACAUUGCACCAGCCAGUUGGCAAUUUGGACAGACCUUCAUUGGCAAGAAUUUCAGGGUUAGUACUGGUAAAACAAGUCAAGAAAGCCAGUGAGGCUGAAGCGGCUGCACGAAAAAGGAAAGCAUGUAGCCCGCAGCCUUAA